AUGGGCAAAGGCUUGAACGAAGUAAUACAAUCUGACGAAUGGGAAGGACUUUGGAGGCGGAAAAUAAACGAGCCAGCGUGGGCGUGGCUUCUGUGGAGCCCCGCCCCUUUUCGUACACGUGACCCGUCUUUUGCUUCCGAAGCACGUGUGGCGGCGAGGGCAGCGCCUGGGUCGAGCCUGGUCUUUGAGCUGAGCAUACCUUUCCCGUCAUCGCUGUUAGCCCGGAUUGCGCUGGGCUCCUUGGCCCCAGACCCUGAGCCCCGUAAAGGCGGGAUCAGCAAAGAACUCAGUGUGAUGGAGGAUACGUUGCACGUACGCUGGAAAGCAGAUGAAGCCCGCAUCCUACGUGUUUCUGUCAGCUCCUUCCUGGAGCAUCUCUCUUUGGUGGUGGAGACCAUGGACCUGUUUGGACCUCCUGUGGUUUGAUAGACUAUUCAGCCUUGACAACAAGAAACAAUGGGCUUCACAAUAGUCUUGGUCCUAGUCUAUUAAUGGACAGUGUCAGAGAAGGCACUAGACAAUCCUUCCAUGGAGCUAAGAUGGUGGCAGGAGAUACAUUUUGCCUUUGGCUCUCUAGUGACAUUGGUAGACCCUUAAGACACCAAGAAGGAAGCAAAGCUGAGAUUGCCUUGGUGUCAGACUGAGAUGAAAGCAGUGGCUUCUAGUUGGUUUCAGAUUGCAUCUCCCAUAAUUCCUCACUUUUGUCUGUGCUGUCUGCUGCUGCUGAUGGGAAUUGUUGGCCAAAAAUGUCUGGAGAGUCACAGGUAUAGGCCAAACAUAUUUGGGGGCAUCAGAAAGGUAUAUAAAAUCUCAAUUUUGAAUAUACUGUAUAUUCUCCAAUACACGUUACUGUCUGUGUGUGUUAACUGAUUAAAUAUGUUUGAACCAGCCAACUGUAUUGAUUAUCAGUUAUAUGUACAUAAGCAAGGUCUUAAUAAAAGUGCUCUUUCCAGCUUCUGAAUGGAGAUGGUGAGGUCAUGAAGUGUGAGAGAAUUCUGAUGCUUAUUGUUUAAAGGGGAAGCCAUCUGUUUGUCUAGAAAUAGAAACAGGAAAACCAUCAAUUCUUUUCGUCAAAUUUGUCAAGCAGGCAAUGUUGUGAGGUUUGUAAUUUUAUAACUGGUGACUUUUGAAGUAAAUGAAGCUGACAGAUC